UUUAAUUGGGAUGUGGAGAGAGCCGGGGACCAUUACUGUGACCAGCGAUAUUCGCAGCAUCGUACUUCAUAUGCCGGAGAUUGAUCAGUCGUCUUUGCAGGGGUUUCAAGAGGGUCAUAUGCCGAUGAUUGGGGUUUCGAAUUUGGAACGAUUCUCACAAGAUGAAACAUCGACGGCUUUGGCUAUGGAUUUGAUGGACCUUAGUGCUCCGCCUCUUCCAUCGUUACAUGCUUCUGUUGGCUAUCAAAUCGGCAACUUUUCUUCUUCUGGUUUGAUGAACGUUGAUGUGGAUGAGAUGGGAGAUUUACACGAUGUACCUAUAAUGUCUUCCUCUCAAGAGCAGGUAAGUAAUCUUCUCUUUCUCUCUCUAUUUCUGUGAAGAAUGAGAAUCAUAGUUGGCUUUGUUGUUCUCUGUUUUCUUAAGAUUGUUUUUAUAAACAAGGGAACUCUAU